UUUAUUUGAACAUUAAUGAACAAGAAUCACUGUCUCGAAUAACAAGUAAAAGAUCGUUUUUUCUUUGAAAAUGAUUAUUUUAGGGGUUUUAGCAGUUUUGAUCGUGCCAAGGGGAAUUUUGGGUCAGACUAUUGAAGAAGGCGAAACACCAAAUAUCCGACCCACCGUAACAACUCCUCUAGGCCAAAUAGAAGGAGAUAUUGGAUUUACAGUUAAUUUACAUCCUUACAUCAAAUUCGAGGGUGUACCUUAUGCCAAACCCCCAGUAGGAGAAUUGAGAUUUGAGGAACCUCAAGAUGUUGAACCAUGGGUAGGCACCUGGGAAGCGAAAACUAUAACCCAGUGCAUGACGUAUGAUCAUUUUACAAAAGACCAUUUGAAUAAUUAUCUUGUUCAAGGAGACGAAGAUUGUCUUUACGUAAAUAUCUACACGCAUUCAAUCAGUGCAGAAGCUAACUUAGACGUUUUAGUGCACAUUCAUGGAGGUGCAUUUAUGUUUGGAAAAGGUGCCAACUAUGGACCUGAUAUUAUUAUGGAGCGAGAUAUUGUUUAUGUUAAUUUUAAUUAUAGAUUGGGAGCCUUAGGUUUUCUCAGUACUGAAGACGAUGUGUUGCCAGGAAAUCUCGGUUUGAGGGAUCAAAUAAAAGCCCUACAAUGGAUAAAAGAAAAUAUCCAUUAUUUUGGUGGAAACCCGAAUUCUGUUACCAUACAUGGAUUGUCUGCAGGAGGUGCUAGCGUUCAUCUUCAUUAUUUAAUGCCACAGUCCAAAGGCCUGUUCAAAAAUGGAAUCUCUCAAAGUGGUUGCGCACUAAACCCAUGGGUCUUAGUAGAAAAUAUUGGAGAAAAGACUGCCAAAAUAGCAAACUUGGUUGGUUGCCCUGCGGGUAAUUCAAAAGAGACAAAGGAAUGCCUUAAAUCAAAACCUGCAAAGCAAAUUGUGGAGAGUGUUAAAGAAUUCCAGCCCUUCUUGUACAAUCCAUUCUCUCCACUGGGUGUGGUAGUUGAUGGACAAUGGGCCAAAAAUCCAUUACUUUCAGAUCAUCCCUACAAUCUUCUCAAGCAAGGAAAAGUUUUGGAUCUGCCAUGGAUUAUAUCAUAUACAAGCGCCGAAGGAUUGUAUCCUGCUGCUGAAUUUUGGAGUGAAGACCAACACCUUAUUGAUAUAGACACAAAAUGGAACGAUAUUAUGCCAUUUGUAUUGCACUACAACGACAGUGUGGACCCGGAAUUGAGAGAUCAAGUAUCUCAAGAGAUUAGAAAGGAAUACCUAGGAGAGAAGCCUGUUAAUAGGGAGACAUAUUCUGCAUUGGUAGAUGCUGUAGGCGAUCGUCUUUUUGUAGCUGACACAGAAACAUGCGCCAGGCUACAAAACGCAGCUACAACCUCCAAUAUAUAUAGCUAUAAAUUUAAUUAUAGAGGUGCCACAAGUAAAUCAACUAAACUGGCAAAUACUGAUUCUUCAAUAAACAUAGGCGUAUGUCAUGCAGAUGAUACAAUUUAUGUCUGCUCUUUUAAGGGAUUAGAUACUCAGUCCACUGAAAGUGAUAGAAAAAUGAGUGAACUUUUUAAGAACAUGUUUGAGUCUUUUAUGUUAUCUGGAGAACCCAAUAUUACGUUAUGGAAACCACUUUCAAAAUCCUUGGAUGAAUUUUGUCACUUGAAAAUUAAUUCACCAGACGAUUUGGAAAUGGAAUACUUACCAGAAAUUGGACAAAGAAGCUUCUGGGAUAAUUUGCCUUUUAAUGAAAAUCAUCAGUUUGCAAAAAUAGUUGUAAGAGAAGAAUUGUAAACUUUACUUGAUGGCACCUUUUUUCAAAGCUACUACACUAUAAAGGAAAAUUGGAAUAAAACCUAGAAUAAAAAUUCCAAAUUGAAAUAGGUAUUUUUAUUAAAAAUAUAUUUGAAAAACAAAUUAUUAACAGGUUAAACUCUCUAUCUUAUUUUUUUUUAAUUUACAAUAAUCAUUACCAAUUAAAUAAAUAUCAAAUAAAGCUAUCUAAUUCUUUGUUUCAAUUGUACAUUUCAUAAAAAUAAAAACAAGAUUAUGUUAAAGGUCAGGAUGCUAGGAUUACAAGCAAAGAAAAAUGAUGAUUAUUUUGUCAACUCUUUGAAACAAAAAUGAUUAUUUUUAAGUAAUUUCCUGAGCAAUAAGUUAUAAAUAAAUAUGAAAUCCUAUUGUGAUUUUUUUCUCUAGAGGCAACAUCACUUGCAACUAUAAGCUGACCAAACUUUUCAAAAAACUCUAUACAGUUACUCCUACUUCGCCUAAAAUAUCAGACAGCCUUUCUAGAUGAACAGUUACAGAAAUAGAGUCUUUACUUCUUUGGCUUCUAUUUAACAGUUGUAAAGCAUUCAUGUAUUCUAGUUCGCUGAAUUCGGGACCUUUAUCAACUAUACCGUUGAGAAUUU